ACGAUGAGCUGGCAUUAAAGAGCCGGAAGUGGACCGGAAGUUGUCACAACAGGCUAGCAGAGCAGCAUUUACAAGCUUUUUUACGUCUCUUUGGGCAGGAAGGCAUUUUUCUCUUGGUCUGUGUACUUGAGGAGUCAGGAUGAGCCUCCAGUGGACAGCGGUGGCCACCUUCCUUUAUGUGGAAGUCUUCCUCGUUCUUCUGCUCUGUAUCCCCUUCAUCUCCCCAAAGAGGUGGAGCAAGGUCUUCAAGUCUCGCAUCCUUCAGACCAUCGCUCUCUAUGGAAACACCUGGUUCAUGGUGGCCAUCGCCAUCCUCGUCUUCCUUCUCAUCGAUGCGUUCCGAGAGGUGAGGAAGUACAGUGUGUCGGACAAAGUGGACGUUACCAACAACCCAACCGCCAUUGAGCACAUUCACAUGAAGCUUUUCCGAGCCCAGAGGAACGAGUACAUCGCCGGCUUCGCCCUGCUGCUCUGCCUACUGCUGCGUCGUCUGGCGACUCUGCUCUCCCAGCAGGCCUCGCUCAUGGCGUCCAACGAGGCCUUUAAGAAGCAGGCGGAGGGUGCCAGCGCCGCGGCCAAGAAGUACAUGGACGACAACGAGCUGCUUCAGGAGAAACUGCAGGCGGCUGGUAUUGAGGUCCCAGAGGGCGGGAAGAAGGGAGCAGGUCCACAGGAGGAGAACAAAGUGCUGAAGGGGGAGCUGAAGACGCUGACAGAGGAGCUGGAAACCACCAAGAAAGCUCUGCACAAGUCUGACAGUGACGUUCAAGCCAUGAAGAAGCAGGCGGAGAACCUGACGGUGGAGUAUGACAGACUGCUGGAGGAGCACAGCAAACUGCUGGCGAGCAGUGACAAGAAGUCGGACUGAAUGGAAUGAAGGUUGCUGCCGUCAGUGUUUCCAGCCAGCCUGGCUUGUUCGUCAUGUCCCGGUGAUGGUGUCAGCUGACUCUGCUCAGCUGUGAUUGGAUGAUGAGACUGUCAGCCUUUUCUGUUUCCGUUUCUGCUGCUGCAUUCGUUUUUCUGUUUUUGAUAUGAUCGGGUUUGAGUUUCAUCUGCAUCAACCGUGUUUCUGCAGCAUUCUCCUCGUCUGCUGGACUUUGUUCUCUGAAGGCCGCGUUCAGUUCAUUCUGGGUUAAACUCAGACGGUUUCCUGAAUGAGGAGCCGUCGUCCUGCAGUGAAGUCUUGGUCUUUACUGUCGACCCCAUUCCUCUUCAUCACAGACUGUAACAGGGAGGAGUUUCUCUGGUGCGGCGUGGACUUCUGUUAUCCAAGUACAGACGGAUGGCACGUGUCGACUCGCUGUUCUGAAGGUUUUUGUGAAACUGAAUAAAAAUAUUUCUAAGGAUCAA